AUGCAGAUUCGACGACUUUUGUUCCUGGGCCUGCUCCUCGGAGCUGAAGCCUCCAAGCUCGCUGUCCGCCAGAACGCCAACUCGGGCUCCAACAGCCCCGCGACCACAGCUGAAGAGACCGAGCCGACGGCUGAUGCUACAACGGCCGCAGAGGCAUCGCCUACCGAAGAAACUACCAACGAACCCGCUGAGACUACCAACAACGAGCCGACUAGCGAGCCGGAGCCCACCGAGGACAGCACAACCGAGUCCUCCCCUACGACGACGGACUCUGGGGAUACUACCAUUACCCGAACUGUCACCAUCACCGAUGCCGAUGUCAAGACUGUGAGCCAGCAGACGACUGUGAUGCGAACCAUCACUUCUACCGUCCUCGUUACUUCGACUGCGUUCGAGACCACCACUGUUACCAGCAGCGAUGCCGAGACCGCGACUAAAACCGUAUAUGCCACUACUACCGUGUGGGCCAACGAGAAGCGUGCCCUGAACCUCGCUCCCCGAACUGUCGGCAGCUACGACGAGCUUAUCUUCGAGGAGCCCGCGCCUACCAUUACUUCGGUCCCCGAAUCCUUCAACAACGAGCACUAUGGCCUCCGCGCUUUCCGACGAGGCCUCGAGAAGCGUGCCACCAUCACCAAGCUCGUUACCGUUACCGUGGGUGAAGACAGCGAUAAGACCGUUGUCAACACGGUCGCUCGAACCGUCAUUUCUACCGUGAGCAAGGAGACCAAGGUCACCAAGACCAUCACCGAGACCGAGCAGGCCGGCGCCAAGACCACCGUUACUAGCACCGGCACCCUCACUAUUACCUCUACGAGAGUUACCACGGGUGUUGUUCAAACUGUGACUGUUGCGUCCUCGGGAGAUUAUGGCUCCGCCGGAACUGGUGUUCCUGAGUCCGACAACAACAACAGCAGCAGCAGCGGCGGUGACGAUGGUGGACUGUCCACUGGUGCCAAGGCUGGUAUUGGUGCUGGUGCUGGUGUUGCCGGUCUUCUCAUCAUUGGUGCCCUGAUCUGGUUCUGCGUCAAGAAGCGCCGCAACGACAAGCACAAGGCCGAGUACGACGAUGUCUUUGGCUCGUCCGAGGUCCCCGUUGGCGGUCCCGUCAGCGGCUCUGGUACCGCUCCCAACAUGUCCCAGGUCUCCCCCACCACUGCUUCCUCGACUCUGGCUCCCAGCCGCAACCCUACUAAGGGUUCUACUCCCGAAGGCUACCGUGGCACCGCUCUUGGUGAUGGCCGUGCCGGAUUCGCCAAGCCCCAACCCUACGGACGCGCCUACAUGCCCGCGAGCCCCGAGACAAACUACUCGCGCACUACUGGUGGUGACAACAUGGGAGGCGUGAGCCCCGAAACCAACUACUCUCGUGCCGCUGAGAUGCACAGCCCUGCCAACACAGCUGAGCUCGCCAGUGACAGUGCCGCCGCUCGAUGGCACCAGAACGACGCAGCCGAGAUCGACGGUAACCAGGUGACAAGUGCUCACGGAUCAUCGCCUCCAGCGAACGUGUAUGAGAUGCCGGCGCAACCUUACAGGUAA